GCCUAAAAAAAAUCACAUAAUGAGGUGGUGGAGAAUGUUGGUGUUACCUAUCUUUCCCAUGAAAAUCACAUAAUGAAAUGAAAAAAGGUCGUUGGAGUCUACUCCUGAUCCCAUUAGAAUAAAAAGGUGUUGGAAUAGAGGGAAGAACGUGGAAAGUGGUUGACGAAGAAGACGAAGAAGAAGAAUGGAGAAGUCAGGGAAGAGAGUGUUGCUUACCUCCAACGGCGACGACAUUUCUCAAGGCAUUGCCUUCCAUUUGGUGAAGCAAGGGUGCAGGUUGGUUUUGCUGGGAGAUCAGAAUUCCCUGCGGAGCAUCGCGAACAAAAUCAUGGAUUCCCUCUCCCUCGCAGACAGAGGCACCGUGCAGGUCGUUGGAUUGGACAUGGAGGAUCAAAGCGAAUCGACUUUCCAUCAUUCCGUGGAUAAAGCGUGCCAGAUUUUGGGGAAAUUGGAUGCGUUUGUCAACUGCUACGCUUACGAAGGAAAAAUGCAAGAUCAUCUUGAGUUAGCUGAGAGUGAGUUCAAGAAAAUAGUGAAGAUUAAUUUUAUGGCUGCGUGGUUUCUAUUAAAAGCUGUUGGGCGAAAGAUGCGGGAGUUCAACACCGGGGGCUCCAUCGUCUUUUUAACCUCCAUAGUUGGUGCUGAAAGGGGGCUUUAUCCAGGUGCUGCUGCAUAUGCCUCUGCCUUGGCUGGAGUGCAGCAGUUAGUUAGGGCUUCGGCUUUGGAGAUAGGGAAGUACCAGGUCAGAGUUAAUGCAAUUUCUCGUGGCCUGCACCUGCAUGAUGAAUUCCCAUUAUCCGUGGGAAAGGAAAGGGCAGAAAAAUUUGUGAAGGAUGCAGCACCACUUGAGAGAUGGCUUGAUGUUAAGAAUGAUCUGGCUUCUACAGUCAUCUACCUAAUCAGUGAUGGAUCACGCUACAUGACUGGAACAACCAUAUAUGUUGAUGGGGCACAGUCUAUAACCAGGCCUCGGAUGCGAUCCUUUAUGUGAUUUUUCCUCACAUGCUGGCAGUCACUGAAAGGAUUUUUUUGCAAGGAAUGAUCGAUCUGCCAUACACUUCUGUUUCAUCAUUGUCCCACAUUUCUUAAAACGAAAAUCACAUUCGAUGGGCUUACUUGCAAUGUUUGGCAUCUAAUAUUAUAAUUUAUUUGUAUGUUAAGUUGCUGUUUUGUUAACCAAGUUUGUGGAGAAGAUAUAAGAAUCUAGUUUAUGUAUUAAUAUUUGUGUAAGAAGAGAGAUAGAGGAUGCAUCUAGUGAGAGAAAUUUUUUAGUCAAAAAUAAACAUUGAUUAUUAGGUUUUAUAAUAAAUUAUUAAGAUUAAAAUACA